UCUUCAAGUUUGCAGCUCGCAGGGAGCGCCAGGAUCCAUCUAUUUUCACGUUGACAUUUUCAUGCCGAGGCUGUAGAGAAGAAGUGAGUGUCAAAGACGCGCAGAGGAACAAAACAUCCUGGAUUUUGCGCGCACCAUCCCCACCACCGUCACCCUUCGAUGAAGGAUACAGCGAAGAAGACAGAUAAGCGGAUGGAAAUGUGUCGCAAAGGAGGACAGGAGAAAUUCGUUCUCCUCAUCCUUUAUCUUCAUCUGUGGCACAGAGUCAAGGCGAUUCACCCGGACUGCGACAUCAUCGCUCAGCACCGGAGGGCUCGGGAGGUCUGCAGCCAGGCGAGGAGGAGCGAGGCGCAGAACCAGAGCGACCACAGCGGAUGUAGAACAGAGUGGGACGACAUCGGGUGCUGGCAGAGAGCUGAAGUCGGACAGGUGGUCAACUUAUCCUGCAAUGAAGUCUUCCAGCAUUUCUCCAGCAGUCAAGGCUUUGUUUACAGGAACUGCACUGUUGGUGGCUGGUCAGAAAUGUAUCCACCCUAUGAGGAGGCCUGUGAUUUCAGUGACUACAGCGAGCCUGAAACUGAGACGAGUUACCUCUCCACGUUCAGACGGGUUUACACUGUGGGCUAUGCCACCUCACUCAUCUCCCUCAUUACGGCCAUAGUGGUGUUUACAGCCUUCAGGAAGUUCCGCUGCACCAGGAACUACAUCCACAUCAAUCUGUUCUCCUCCUUCGUCCUGAGAGCCAGCGCCGUUUUCAUUAAGGACACUGUGCUGUUUGCUGAUGAGAACCUGGACCACUGCUCUGUCUCCACGACGGCAUGCAAGUCAGCUGUGGCGUUCUUCCAGUUCAGCAUUCUGGCAAAUUACUUCUGGCUGCUGGUGGAGGGCAUGUAUCUGCAGACCCUGCUGGCCCUGACCUUCGUCUCUCAGAGGAAGUACUUCUGGUGGUACAUCCUGAUUGGCUGGGGGCUCCCGUCGACAGUUCUUAUACUUUGGGUGCUGACCAGAUUCUUCUAUGAUGACACCGGUUGCUGGGACGACACAGAGACUGUCGCUAUUUGGUGGAUCAUUAAAGGACCAAUCACAGCUUCGCUGCUGGUCAACAUUGUCAUCUUCAUCAACGUGAUACGGAUUCUUGUUCAAAAGCUUAAAUCCUCAGUCAUGGGUGGAAACAACGACACUGGACAUUUUAUGAGGCUGGCAAAAUCCACCCUAUUCCUGAUCCCUUUGUUUGGGAUGCACUACACAGUGUUUGCCUUCCUGCCUGAGAACACUGGAGUGGCAGCCAGGCUGUACAUCGAGCUGGGGCUGGGAUCCUUUCAGGGGUUUGUCGUGGCGCUGCUUUACUGUUUCAUGAAUGGAGAGGUCCAAACGGAGCUGCGGAGAUGGCUGAGGAAGUGCCACGGUCAGAAUCACCUCACGCCGGCCAAGCGAAGUAUCACUCAGAUCACAAUCAGAGCCCGCGGGGGGCUCGGGCGGCCAGCCUCGAGCGGUAACAUCUCUUCAGUAUGAUUUUUAAGAGACUUAACCGCGAGAGAGAUGGUUUUUUUUUUUGUGAGAAUGUCAGGACCUCAAAGCUCAUCUGCUGAUGACAUUAAUUAAACAACCCCUCAGUGAGAAGACCAGAAGGAACGCUGGUGAGUGAUCGAGGAGACGUGUCACGAUGUGUUAUAUCAAUAUCAGCAGCAGCCGUGACCACAAAGGUGCCCAUUUCUGAGCUUAAUCUGCGUGGUCCGUCUUUCUAUUAUAGUUGCGGCCAAAAAAAAAAAAAAGAAAAUACAAAAAAGUAAAGGGACCCUGGUGCUUUGAUUUGUUGGGAUGUCACGGUGACACUGUGGAGGGACGAGAUCACAGGAGAGGCAGAGCUGGCCCCGAGCUUGUAGGAGGAUGAUUUUGCAUGGUUGUGUUUACAGUUUGGACAGCCGGAGUACAAAAAUGAGCAAAUGUUGAAGGAUUAUAGAGAGACAGCUGACGAAACAGUGGAUGUUGAACUUGGCUAAAUUAUUUUAUAAUGAGCUUGACUUGUCUAAUGGCUUUGUGCUGGGCCGAACAGAAUCACUGACGCCAUUGUUGGUGCAGGCUUAAAACAUCUCCUGGACUGAUUGUGCACCAAUUCAUCUGCUGCUAGAGAGAAAUGUUCAGUCAUGAAGAUCCAGAGUGAAUGUAUUUAAUGUUACGUGUUUGCUUGUGUGUGUGAAGCUGCCAUAUGUUGGUACGUCAUGUCUUGAAAGACCUGUCUGCUUUGAUGAGCCACCUUUGAAACACGGUAUUUGCGGAUAUUGAUAAGCUUUGUUUUUUUUACGCUGCUGCCAGAUGUGAUUAUCCACAUUUUUUUUGGGGAACAUUUGCUGCACUACAGUGGAUACCAAAUGCAGGGUAUGCCAGAUAUUUAUUUGGUAGAAUGGCAUCAGAAUGGUACUGUAUCACCAGACAGAGCAUUUCAAUUGAGGCUGUAACAGUGUCUUCGGAUACACGAUGUGUUUUUGUAGCUCAACAAUUCCAGCUGUGUGUGAGUUUGAUGACAGUGGUGGAGAAAUCCCUGAAUCCCUAGAUUUUUAAUAGACCAUGAAUAUUGCACUGUACUGUACCAUUAAGCACUUUGACUGUCCUUGUCACAAAACAUUAUUAUUUAAUGUUGCACUUUAUUUUAUAUUAGUUAUAUUGUAUUUCCGUUGUUGUUCUUGUGGAUCUAGUGAAGGGUGGCCUGAAUAGGGGAAAAUAAUCACAUUAAUAAAUGAAACAUUUGUGAUUUGAGAAGUAUGUUUUUGUGCUUGCUCAUGUAUUUCAUUAAAACAUUGUAAGCUUUGUUGUGCAGAUAAAGAAGGAGGUAGAAGAUGCACGGGGCAGGAGAAUGUUCAUGUAUGCUUUUGGCUACCUUGAUUUGGAUUUUUGGGUUCGUCGAACUUAGCGAAAACUAAAGAAGUUCGGAAGGAGAAACUGUUGUACGCAGAUGAGAGCAGGUAUACCUAAUUUUCCCUUUGCCAGAAUGACAAAUGCCUCUUUUUGGGUGAAAACAAAGGCUGUGAAAAUGCAUCAUGGUAUUCUUAUUUCGUGCUCUUAGGUGAAAACAAAGGCUGUGAAAAUGCAUCAUGGUAUUCUUAUUUCAUGCUCUUAGAUUGGAAAAGACAUCAGAACUUGCACUGAAAUGAGAGGGACUGCUUUCAUCCAUGGUCCAUUUUAAUGGUUGGGACAGCCCAGAGACAAUAAAUCACAAUGUCCACAAAAUACAGCAAUUUACCACAUAGAUUUAUUUUGCAGUCAAAUUUACACAACCUUCGACAUAAAUGUUGGACACCAGAACGCAUGUUACACAUAACACACUGUCACAGGUAGAACAUAAAUAGCCUAUGGAUGAGGUUUUAUAGAUUAUUCUUUUGACAUUUAAGUUACUAAUUCUAAUGAAUGCUUGUACAUAAACAUGCGUACAAAAUACAACCUCUUCAACUUUCACACACACACGCACUCAUACACACACACGCAUGCACGCACGCACAGACAGACACACGUUCUCUCUGGAAACAGUUACAUAAACAUAAACAUAGGCCUACAAAAACACGGUCACAAACAACAGGUCGUCAUCAAGGGGGCCACCUGUGUGCCAAAAAUACUGUAUACAUAUACAGUUAACUGUAUAUAGGAUCAAGAAAAAGACAUCAUUUGUACACCAUGGCAAAUUGAUAGCAGGCGACAUUUAAGAGCAGCAGAGCAACAUCAGUACAUUCAUAAAUUCAUUGGCAAUCAAUAGAACUCACACACACAUACACUCAACACUUGAUAAAACUGGCUCGACGCUCACGACCGUCAAAGAAGAGGCAUCUAAACACAGAGAUAUGCCACACUGAAAAUUACAUUUGAAGACAUAGUUUGAUAUUUUCGUAAAUACACUUUAAAAUCACUUUCUUGCAGAGCUGGACAUGAAAACUGACACCUCGAAAAAUGGGGGAAACAGCAAGCUAGCCGAUAUGAGCUCGCUUGUUAGCUAAUAUCUGCUUGCCAGCUGUUUUAUCUGUUAGCUGUUUUCACAACAAGCUAAGGAGAAACAAAAAUUAAUAGUUUCUAGCUACUUGUUAGUAGAUAUUAGCGAGUUAAUAUUUCUGCUAGCUAGCUACUAUCUUCUAACCAGUAACUAUGAAUUAGCUAUUACUGUAGUUAGCUAAUAUCUACUAGCUAGCUGUUUUAUCUAAUAGCUUGGGGAAACAGCUAGCCAGUAGUUAGCAUCUAACUACAGUAGUAGCUAGUUUAUAGCUACUUUCUAGUAGAUUGCUAGUGGUAGACCAAUCAAUCUUUCAGCAGGAAAGUGAAUAAAACAUAUUCACCAAAAUGUCAGACUAUUGCUUCAAUGAGACAUGUGAAAGGCUUUUCUUCGACACAUAUAUAAAGAUUAGCAUGUUACAAUAAGGCUAAAUUAACCAUAAGGAUAGCUAAAAAUGAGCUAAAAGUUGCCUGAUUUUGUUAUAGGACUAAAAAGUGCAAAUGUCCUCCCAUGUCAAGCAAAUGUUUUUUGAAAAUCAAACAGUUCACAGUUUGUUUUGAAACGAAAAUGAGCAGGAAGGAAAUUGUGGGAUUGAGAGUGUGGCGCUGUAACAAAAUCACAAACUUCAUGCUGCAAGUUUGACAUCAGGCCUCUUUUGGAAAACAUAUCAUUUGUAGGCUUGUUUUCUGAUUUGUGUGAAGAAAAAUUACAAAGAAGUAGAUGUGACCAAAAAAUGCCUCCACACUCCCGCCCUUAACCCCCAUCAUCAUCCAAAAUCUAAAGGAACAUGGCUGAGAAAAGCAAAUAGAUGCCAGGCAGGACUUGCACAGCCUCUGUCGAAACACUUUACAGCCACCUUGUGGUAGACAGUGAUACAGCACAGACAUGGUCAAAUAAGGAGUUUUCUCCUCGUUUCACAGACAGUAACAGCUUUGAGACAUGGUCGUUUCCAUCUGAGCCGAUUCAGACUCAGAGUGACAGCUGGUGAUAGAACACGUAUGCAGCAGCAGAGUGGUUUUUUUGAUCACACCCUCGUACACACUUUGUGUUUUAUCUGUCGCAGUUGUUCCACCUAUUCAACCCUUCCUGACAUUAAAACAUAUAUUUUCCUAGUCUGGUUCUAGUCUUUUUAUAGUAGUGUGUCUCACAGUUACACACCGACGAAAGCCGAGCAGAUGCUUAAACUGAUGCAUCUCUUCAGUAGUGUGUUUUCUCCGUUUUUAGAGGUUAUAUUUGUGUUUUAUCUUUAUAUUAUUAUCCUCUGCAGCUUUGGACGGCACUUUCCCAUGUGUGGCUGUUUUCUUUAUGAUCAGAUAUGAGACACUGAGCCACACAUCGUCCACCGUCACAAGUUAUGGCACUACAUUUAUGGCACUUUGACGAAGAAAGUCAAACAUCGAUCAAUGUAAUGAGCUCAUAAGUCAAGCAUACAAAUAAAUUACACAUAAGAAAAGCAUGUACUAGUGUACACUGAUACAUUUCACAUGGCACUAGUUUAUGGAAAAUAAAUAUACAUCCGUAUCUGUUCAACAAUAUCAUCAAUUCAUGUUUUUUUUUUAAAAGUUACUACAUUCUUUUUAAUCCACUCAGAUGACAGUACAAAAAAUAAAUAUCUCGAGUAAAUAGUGUGGAUAAACCCCCUCCUAUACACAUCUUUUCACAUUUCAUCUUAUUAAAUGUUAUCACCACCUGGAAAAAGUUAUUGUUAGCUUGUUUGUGCAAAACAAAAAAAAGAGAGAAAGAGAAAAAUGGGCAACACUCCGCGAUUGUCAAGAGCUGUCACAUUAAAGCAUUAUGCGUUUUGGCUGUAACAAAAUGUUUUGUUUCCGUUUUGAAGCAGUUUGUGUAUUUUUGACGUCGGCGCUUUAUUUGAAAUGGACUUGCAAUUAUCUCGAAUGGACGACAGACGGAACCAAGCGGUGAGAUAAAGCAACGAUUACGGAGAGCUGUUACUUAGGUCGCGUCAAACUCAUGGUGAUUAAAAUGAAAGGAAAAAAAACAGCAGGACUUGUUUAGUUAAUAAAAAGAGAACAAAAAGAAGAAUUACACCAACAGACGCGCCAAAUAUGUUUGCAGCACGCAAUGAAAAAAACAUUGCAAAGUGACCGACGAUAAAAAAAAAAAAACACUCUGUACAUUCUCUGCAGGAAAUGACCCUUUCUGCACAUUAUUAGGAUAUCUGCUAAUCUGUGGCACUGUAAAUGAAAGUGAGAGCUAUUUGUGACCAACUAGGCACUUUGGAAUAUGAGUGUAGAAGGUGAUUAAUUAAAAAAAUUCAACAUGAACGGCAAUUUAAUAUGGCGUUGAUGUGCUGAGGCUCAGAGAACAGAGGACGUCUUUUUAUCUUCAAGAUCUCGUCGAGGCUUCGAUUCUCAGCGCCUACAUUUUGAAAAGCUGCGCACAUAUAUAAAAAGCACGACACCGCGAGGAGCUUCAGAUAAAAGCGUCCCGAUGGCACAUGUACAGUUCAUGUUCACGGUCUGCGUGAACGUCACUGACGAGUCUGUGGGAGGAGAAUCUCAACAGUGAAGACGAGCUGUGAGGAUAAAACACGUUCAGAUUGAAAAGUCUUUUUUUCCCCCGAUUUUUUUAAUCAGAAUGUGUAUUCCCUCGUUCACUGUGCUGAACGCUGCAGCAGUGGUUCCCAACCUUUCAUUUGUCUUUUUAAAGAAAAGCACUAAAUACAAGGUGUUCCUCGACCCUGCUCUGUUUUUGGCGAAAUUGCUUUCAAAGUCUUUGCACCUUCACUGUGGUGUUAGUUAGACAAUCUUAAACUUGAUUAUUUGAUAUUUGGAUGCCUGUAAAAAGGGAUUAAGAAAUAUUUGAGCAUUGAAUGUCUCAUUACUGAACACUGGUACAGUAGAUUCAUUGUCCGGAUGUUUUCUGCUGAUUGUUUUUUAAGGUCGGUCAAGUGAUUCUUAUAUGUGAAAAGUUUUCAUGGUGUUUUGUUUUUAUGUUUUUUCGUUUUGAAGUCAUUUGUUUGUUCUUUUAUGUGAAACUUUCUCUGCUGUUAUAUUUGGCCAGGACUCCCUUAGUUAAAGAGACGCUUUACCAGGAAUGUUCCGAUUGAAACAUGAAAAUGCCUAAAAAUCAACUGAAGAAUGUAUAAAAAAAAAAAGAAGUCACAGUAUCUCACUGAAAUGCUACUUUCUGGGUGAUUGUGCCUCAUAUUAUGUGUAAAAAGAUUUAUUGUCAUGAAACAAGUUUUUGCAGUCAAAUCACACCUCCACAUCAACACUUGCACAUUUCUACGACAUUUUAAGUUUUCAAGCAGUUCAAUUUAAACUUAUUUUACAGAAGCUUGAAGGUAGAAAGUGUCUACGAGGUGUUAACAAAAAAGAGAAACCAAAAUAAAUGUCAUGAAAUAGCAGAAAAAUAUUUGUUUUAUGGUAACUUGUUGUUUCUGACACAUAACGGACGCCCCCAUUCAUCCUGCACCUCUAAGGUUGGGAACCACCGCCCUACACUGCUCUUUCAUUUUGGCACUACGUUUUUAUGUAUAUACUGUGUGUGUGUGUGUGUGUGUGUGUGUGUGUGUGUGUGUGUGUGUGUGUGUUUAUUUAAUA